UUUUACUACUAGUACUUGCACUAGUACUCAUUUUUUAAAAAAAUUUCUUGGUUGCUUUUACUUUGGACUUUGCCGGAGUAGGACAUUUUCCAUAAUAAAUUUUUAUUUUUUUUAUUUUCCAUUUUCUCGGGAGCCAAACGGCGGAGAUAGAGUUCGUCAAAUGUGAUGGGAAACGGAGUGUCGAGCCUGUUCUCCUGCUUCAAAGCAAGGAACCAGGCGGACCAAACCGAUAACCCGAACCCGGAGGUGGUUUUCGCGGCUUCUGAGCCGUUGGAUGAAACCCUAGGCCAUUCUUUCUGCUACGUCCGAUCUUCAGCUCGCUUUCUCUCUCCUACUCACUCCGAUCGCUUUCUCUCUCCUUCCAGUUCUCUCCGCUUCUCUCCUUCUCACACAAACGACGCCGUUCCUGCUUCUUGCAAGACCCGACCCGGUUUACACGAGCCUCCUCCUGCUGCUGCUGCUUCUACUGCUACUGCUACGACUACCUUUCGGGCCAUUUCCGGAGCUUCGGUUAGUGCUAACAGCUCAACUCCCAGAACAGUCCUUCAGCUUGACAAUAUUUACGACGAUGCCACUGACGCUGUUCUCACCACCGGCGUCACUUCCGGCGGCGGCGUCAGGGGUAGUAUCGUCAACGGCUUCGAGAGCACCUCGUCGUUUUGCGCUCUCCCCCUCCAGCCCGUGCCACGUGGCGGCGGCAUGGACCCGGUCAUGGAGCGGGAGCGGGGCGGGUUCUUCCUCUCGGGUCCAAUCGAGCGCGGCGCUCUCUCCGGCCCACUCGACUCAUCCUCCGCCACCGCCGCCGAUAGCGGAGGCGUUCCGUUCUCGGCUCCGCUCGGUGGCAUGUACGUAAGAAGGAAGAAGAAGAAGGGCAUUUCGGGGAUUCGGAAGGCGUUGUCGUGGGAGAAGAAGCGGCCGUGGGUUGUGCCGGUGCUCAAUUUCGUGGGCCGCAAGGAAGGCGGUUCGGGUAAUGCGAAUGCAGACGAUUCGGAGGCCAGAAAUGAGUCGGAUAACGUUCAGUGGGCGCUCGGCAAAGCCGGCGAGGACCGAGUCCACGUCGUGGUCUCGGAGGAGCAAGGGUGGUUGUUCGUCGGAAUAUAUGACGGCUUCAACGGCCCCGACGCCCCGGAAUUCUUGAUGGGUAAUCUCUAUCGUGCCGUAUACAAUCAACUCCAAGGCUUGUUUUGGGAAAUUGACCAACAACAACAGCAACAAGAGCCUGAGCUACCUAGUGAUGACAUUAAUAUUAGUGUAAUUAAUAAUGAUGAUGAUGCUUAUAGUAACAACAUUAAUAACGAGAACAACAAUCCAGUAAAUGUAGCUUUAGAAAGUGAAGAGAACUCUGGAAAUAGGAAUGCUUUCGUUUCGAAUUUGGAAUCAGACCCAAUUUCUGGUGAUAGAGGAACGGUGGCAGUGCCGAAGAAAGUGACGUUUCAAUCGGAGGAGGGGAUAGAGGUGAGGAGGAGGCGGCUUUGGGAAUUUUUGGCUGAGGAUGAUGCGGAAGACGGCCUAGAUCUUUCUGGGUCAGAUAGGUUUGCAUUUUCGGUGGAUGAUGCGCUUAGAGUGAGCAAUGCGGGUUCGGCUGUGAGUAGACGGUGGCUGCUGCUGUCGAAAUUGAAGCAGGGGUUGUCGAAGCACAAGGAGGGUCAUGGUGGGAGGUUGUUUCCAUGGAGUUUUCGAUUGGAGGAGAAAGAGAAGGUUGAGGUUGAGAAUAGAGUGGAGGAGAAGUCUUCUAGGAGUGGGAGGAAGCGGAAGGAGGGACCCGUGGAUCACGAAUUGGUUCUGAAGGCAUUGUCUCAGGCUCUCGAACUGACAGAGCUUGCGUAUUUGGAUAUGACGGAUAAGGUAAUUGAUACCAAUCCAGAGCUUGCAUUGAUGGGUUCGUGUUUGUUGGUUGUGUUAAUGAGGGAUGAGGAUGUGUAUGUGAUGAAUGUGGGUGAUAGUAGGGCUAUUGUUGCGCAGUAUGAGCCGCAAGAGGUUGGUUCGAGUAUGAUUGGGUCAAGCAUUGAGGGUAUUGCUGAGGAGUCCUCAGCUGUGGGUGAAAAGGCAAUUAAGGCCCCAAAUGAGGCUCUGGCUCAGGCUCAAGCAAUGAGAUUGGUGGCAUUGCAGCUUUCUACUGAUCACAGCACAAGCAUUGAAGAGGAAGUCAUAAGAAUCAAGAAUGAGCACCCAGAUGAUAAACAUUGCAUUGUCAAUGAUAGAGUAAAAGGUCGUCUCAAGGUCACCAGAGCGUUUGGGGCAGGAUCUCUGAAACAGCCCAGAUGGAAUGAUGCACUGCUGGAAAUGUUUAGGAAUGAGUACAUUGGCACUGCACCUUACAUAUCCUGCUUGCCUUCUCUUCGCCACCAUAGACUCUGUCCUAGAGACCAGUUCUUAGUUCUCUCAUCUGAUGGUCUGUAUCAAUAUCUGAGUAAUCAAGAAGUGGUUUCGCAAGUUGAGAGUUUCAUGGAGAAGUUCCCUGAUGGAGAUCCUGCACAACAUUUGAUAGAGGAGCUUCUUUUCCGCGCUGCCAAGAAAGCUGGAAUGGACUUCCAUGAAUUAUUGGACAUCCCGCAAGGAGAUCGCAGAAAGUAUCAUGAUGAUGUUACUGUUAUGGUUGUAUCACUUGAAGGAAGAAUUUGGAAAUCAUCAGGAAAGUACCUCUGAAACCUUCAUAAACAAGCGAUCUUUAUACAAGUGAAGUAGCAGUUUCAAUUUUCAACUCGAGCUACUCGCAAGCGGUAUCAGAAGUAAAUGACCCAUUUUUCUUGGGUCUCAUUAGUAUUUUUUGUUGCACAGCAUAAGAAUACAGCUUAUAGAGGAACCCUGGCAGAUAAUGGCAAAAAGGCUAAUCUUAGAUAAUCAAGGUUUCGACUAGAUGCCAAAAAAAAUUGGUUUGAGGAUGAAAAUGGGAAUUUGUAGAUGGGGGGUUGUAGGGAAAUGCUCUUGUAGGGAAAAAGAAAAGAAAUCUUCUUGUUUUUAAGAUUUUAGACUUUUUUUUUUUUUUUUUUGGGUUAAAAAGAAAAAAAUAGAAAUUUUGCAUAGGUGGAGGCUCUUUCCAUUCAUUUGUGCUUCUCAUCCCUUUUUUGUUCAGAGCUAAGAAAAUGUGGUUGUAAAUUGGUGGGGUUACAAAUUUACUUACUGAACUUGAGCAUUCCCUUGUCCAAAAUGAGCAUCUGUAAUUUUGAAGUGGUAUUUUCACCACUGCGGGUAAAAGAGUUGGAAAUUUAUUUCAAAUCCU